AUGUGUCGCUUCUACGCUCAUACAUACCAAUGCGGACAUGUCAAGACCGUCCUGUCCAACUACUGUUCGAAAGCAGCUUUGAUACAACAAGCAUGCCGUAAAGGAGACAUCUGCGCCAACGUCGAGGUUGAUGAGAAAUGCUCAUCUUGUUACAAGCCUAUCAAGAUCCUCGUCCAAGCAAGAUUCAUCAACAAUGAUAUCAAACCUAUGAGUGGUUAA